UAUAAUGAAUGCACGGCGUCGCCAUGUCGGCCUUCUCCCCCUCUUGCUUUUCCUCUCGAAGCGACCGAGAAAUCACCGGGCAUGAGCAACCCUUUACUCGACAUCACUCUGAAUCACGGACCUUGGGUUUGUACAGGAUCCGACCAUGGCCUCCGUCGCGGGGUCAAGCUUCUCCUCCUCUUGCUCCUGUCGGUCCCCGCCGCUUCCCAGAACGGCACCGCGGCGGCCGGAGCUCCCCCGCUGCCAGACCCGUUCCAGUACGGCAAGAAGUUCAACCCCUCGAUGGCCAUAAUCAUGGUGGUCCUGGUCAGCGCCUUCUUCCUCAUGGGCUUCUUCUCCGUCUACGUCCGCCAGUGCGCCGACCGGCGCCUCCGCGGCGACGAGGGCGGGGACCCCCCCGGGCACUACGCCUUCGGGCGGCGGUCGCUGCGGGGGAUGCGCGGGCUCGACGCCUCGGUCAUCGACGCCUUCCCCACGUUCCUGUACUCGUCGGUGAAGGGGCUCAAGAUCGGGAAAGGGUCGUUGGAGUGCGCGGUAUGCCUGAACGAGUUCGAGGACGAGGAGACGCUCCGCCUGAUCCCCAAGUGCAGCCACGCGUUCCACCCCGACUGCAUCGACUCGUGGCUCUCGUCGCACACCACCUGCCCCGUCUGCCGGGCCGACCUCGUGCCCAAGCCCGGCGAGACCCUCCUUCCGACCGUGCAGCUGCCCGACCAGGACCCGGCACCCGACGCCAGCUGUCCCCAGGAUCAUGUCAGCGUCCAUGUCCGUCCCCACCACGACGAUGAGCCGGGAGCGACGGGUGAAGGAGCCAAGCCAUCGCCCAGGCGGGACGCGGACUUUACGGCCAAAGAGGGCGUGCCGCGUCGGUCGAGAUCCACCGGGAUGCGUCUCGCGAGGAUGAUGUUCCUUUUCCCGCGGUCGCACUCCACGGGCCACUCGCUGUCGCUGGUCCAGCCGGGCGACGACUGCGAGCGUUUCACGCUGAGGCUGCCCGAGGACGUGCGGAGCCGGAUCAUCAACGACGCGCGGCUGGACCGGGCGAGGAGCUGCGUGGCGUUCCCGCGGGCCAGCAGCUCGAGGACCGGUUACCUGAGCGGGAGCGGCCGGCCCGGCGGGAGGGAUCCUUCGAUGUACGAUCGGUUCGACCGGGAGAACCGGUCCGGCAAGUGGGCGUUCUCCAUGACUCCACCGUUCAUCUCCAGGACCGGUUCGGUGAGGGCGGCGGCGAGGCAAGCCGGCGGUGGCGGGGUCGAGGUGGGCCCGAGCCCGCCGAGGAGCUCUUCGAAGUCGGACAAGUCGCCGCCGUUCGAUCGGUGGUUCGUGGGGAGAGACGUGGAGGCGGGGGAGCGGUCGACCGAUUGGCUUCGGCGGCCGACCAGUCAAACUUAGACGGUAGACUUUGACCCGGGGAGGUUUGAUUUUUGUGUACAUGGUUUUUUUUCUUCUUUUUUUUCAAUUUUCUUUUUUCCCUCUUUGUGGCGUUUGUCACGUUAAUUAAAUUUUGUUUGGGUUGGGGGAAAAGCAAUUGGCUCUUUUGUACAAUAGAAAGUCAUCGAAGGUUGGUUUGCGAUUGGGAUAAGGCGAGAGAAAAGCCAAUGGAUUGUCUGAAAUUUUUGAUUGCUCGUCGCCUAGCUGGGCCUCGCAUGGAUCGUCACGAAUUAGACCUUGCUAUUUUAUCAUUUUGUCCAACAAAAACAAAUGAAAUGUCAAAUUUGGUUGAUCAA